AUGAAUGCCAUUGUCAACAUUUCAGGUCGGUCCGCGACCCGUCCGAAACUGGGGAAGUUCAAGGUGGUGCGGCGGCAGCUGCUGCAGAGGUACGAACACCAACCCUUCGUCUCCUGCCUGGCCGGCCUCUACGGUUGCCAAUGGAGACGAUAUCAAAGAGCUCGAGCGCAGCCCGGAGAGUGCUGCUGCAACAAGGUGGAGAUGGUCAGUUUCGGCCUCCUGAUCCUCACCUUCUUCCUCAGUUUAGUUUUCCUGUAUUUCUGGAUUGAGGCUCAAAAUGACUACGACGACUUUGAAUGGUUCAACUUUGGCACUUUGGGGUUCUGGUUCCCCUGGUCGCUGGUUUUGCUGGGGGUGGCCGCGGCAAUCUUUACGUACAUCGCGCUGCUACUGGUGCUGGCUGUGUGUCUUCUCUCCGAGGGUCAACGUUUGUACCUUCACUGGAGUCACAAGAUUGGCAUCGCAGUGACUCUGGUUUUCUGCGUGGUUGCCAUGGCCGUCUUGUCCGACCUGUGGAGCAAAGAAUGGACCACGCUACUGCUUUCGCUUCAGGUGACGGCGCCGGUGCUCCACAUGGCUGCCGUUUUUCUCAUGGUCGUCAUCUCCUGGCCAGUCGCUUUACACUUUUUUCGCAUGAACAAGAGAGUGCGUCAAGUGUCUAUUCUGGCUCUCUACUUGUCCGGGUUGUUCUCCCUCUACUUGGUUCCUCUGGGGAUGUAUUCGCCAUGCAUUAAAGACGCAGGGACGCUGGGGGCACCGCCGAUGCUCAUCGGACACCGGGGGGCGCCCACGUUGGCUCCAGAGAACACAAUUAUGUCCUUUGAGAAGGCUGUGGAGGCCGGAGGAGACGGAUUGGAGACUGACGUCUCCAUCAGUUAUGACGGCGUUCCCUUCCUGAUGCACGACGACACCCUGCGAAGAACCACCAACGUCGCUGACGUUUUCCCCAACAGAACGCACCAAAACGCCUGCAUGUUCACUUGGGCCGAAAUACAACGGCUAAACGCCGGCGAGUGGUUCUUAUCUAGGGAUCCGUUCGGAAGUGCGUCUUCCCUGAGCGAGGUGGACCGCCAGCGGGCCAGGAACCAAUCUGUUCCCUCGUUGGCCGACUUCCUGCAGGUGGCGUCGCGAAGCGGCCGACGCGUUAUCUUUGACCUGCGUCAGCCGCCUCCGGGGCAUCCUUACAAUGCCUCGUACGUCAACGUCACUCUGGAAGUGGUUCUGACCCACAUCAACUCUUCACAGGUUCUCUGGCUACCGUCUGAAGACAGGGAUGUGGUUCAUGCCACCGACGCCGAGCUGCGGCAGACGUCGGGAGAACGCCUGUCCAUCACGGAGCUGACAGACGAGCACAUCACAACCCUCAAUCUGCACUACAGCAGCAUGUCGCAACAUCAGAUCAGCAAAUACGCCUCAGCGAAUAUCAGCACCAACCUGUUUGUGAUCAGUCAACCGUGGCUCUACGCGCUGGCAUGGUGCGCCGGGGCCGACUCGGUCACCACCAACGCCGUGCACGUCCUGGCCAAAGUCCGCAUGCCCCUUUUUCUCAUGACCCCCGAGGAAUACAACUUAAUGUGGAUUCUGACUGACGUCGUCUCCGCAAUCCUCAUCAUCUCCAUUUUCAUUUUCCAUUGGUGGCGAGAGAGAGGUCUCCCCUUCCUGUCCGGCAGUCGCCGGACUCACAAGAACGGACCGUACAGCAAGUUUCGAACAGAGCUGGGUGACGUCUGGUCCAUCUCCAGCGUCAACGCACCUGUGGACCAGCGUAGCGCCCCAACGUCACCCACGCACCCUCAUUUGCCCACCAUCAUCGAGGAGUGA